AUGGCAGCCGUACUCCGAAGACCCGCUUCGUCCCUUGCGGGGACCUCUCUCAAACCCCUUACCAGCUCCAUCGUAAGACACUAUGCCACCUCGAUACCGGCCAGGGCCCAUCACCGCGUUGUCAUCAUCGGUGGCGGAACUGCCGGUGUCACUGUCGCAGCUCAGUUGAGGCGCCUGGGAGGCGAAUUCAAGAAGGAUGAGAUUGCCAUAUUGGACCCUGCGCAAGACCACCAUUACCAGCCUGGAUGGACGCUAGUAGGCUCCGGGCUCAAGUCGCUGAGCAGUAUGAGCCGGUCGCUGCCGAGCGUAAUUCCCGCAGGCGUGCAGCACUAUCCGCUCCAGGUAUCAUCCUUCGACCCGGCCAACAAUGUCGUCAAGACCUCUGAGGGCGUCGAUGUGACUUACGACUACCUCAUCGUCGCACCAGGCCUUGAGACCAACUUUUCCGGUAUUCCCGGCCUGCCGGAAGCCUUGCAAGAUCCGUCCAGCUUGGUCUCGUCCAUUUACUCCAACAAGACGGCGGAGCAGGUCUGGAAGAACAUCCAGGGUUUCAAGGCUGGUCAGGCCAUCUUUACGCAACCAGCUGGAGUCAUCAAGUGUGCGGGUGCGCCACAGAAGAUUAUGUGGAUGGCCCUUUCCCAGUGGAAAAGGGAUGGUGUAAGGAAUAAUAUCCAGGCAGCCUUUGCGACUGGUGCUCCGGCAAUGUUUGCUGUACCAAAGUACUCCCAAGCCCUAGAGAGGCUCCGUCAAGAGCGAAACGUCGAGGGCCUCUUCCAGCAUAACCUCGUCAGCGUGCAGGCCAAGAACAAGGUUGCGACCUUCAAGGAUCUGGCCAACAACGGCAAGGAGGUCCAGAGAGAGUUCGGUUUCUUGCACGUGGUCCCGCCCCAGAAGGCAUGGGAUUGGGUUGCCAAGUCCCCCCUGGCCGACGCAGCAGGCUGGGUCGACGUCGACAAGUCCACAACACAACAUACCAAAUACCCCAACGUCUUCUCCAUCGGCGACGCCUCCGGUCUCCCCAGCAGCAAGACCGCCGCCGCCAUCUCGUCCCAGGCCCCGGUCCUCGUCGACAACCUGCUCGCAGCCAUGCGCGGUGCCGACCUGAAGGCUGGAUACUCGGGCUAUGCCAGCUGUCCCCUCCUUACCGGCCACGGCGAGCUCAUGCUCUGCGAGUUCAAGUACGGUGGUGUGCCGGCUGAGACAUUUGCCGGCAUCUUCGGGUCUCAGGAUAAGCCGAAACGUGUGUUCUACCACUUGAAGAAGGACGCGUUCCCGUUGGUGUACUUUAACUCUUUCUUGAAGGGGACUUGGUUUGGGCCAAACUCGUUCUUCCGACCUAAAACUCAGGCAAGUGCUUGA